AUGACCUUUGUGACACCUCUCGCUCGCAUCCCAGCCGCUGCUCUUGCCCAUGUUCGAGCUGUCGAAUCAGGACCGGGCGGCGCGUACAUUCUGGUCACAGUCUUGCUGCUUCUGUGUUGCUACUCCACACUGAUACAUCCCGAAUUUAUCAGUCCGCUUCGACACAUCCCGAAAGCCAAGUACUGGCUGCCUCAGAAACUGUACUAUCAGCUUGUGCUACGCCGAACACCCGCCGAGGCGCUCUCUCAAUUGGCCCGAGAAACCCCGAAUAAUGGUCUUCUUGCGCUGAGAGAACCGACAGGAGUACUCCUUCUGGUCACGAAGCCUUCUGUUCUGGGAGAACUUCUUGUUGCUCGCGCUGCCGACUUCGAAAAGCCCACCGCGCUGCAGGGAUUCUUCAAGCAAUUGACCCUGGAUGGACUGCUCACGGUCAAUGGCGAAAAGCACAAAUCGCUCAAAAAGCGCAGUCUUUCUCAUUUCAAUUUUCGCGCGGUGAAAAAUCUCUACCCGUUGAUGUGGCGCCAUGCGCUGCAGUUCGCGGGAGCCGUUGAGGCGAACUUCCAGAAAAUAGAGAACCACCAGAAUGGUACCUACAGCGGUACUGUGGAGCUCACGCAUCUGACAACUGUGAUGACGAUCAAUGUCAUUGGUACGACGGUGUUCGGCCGGGCGUUCGAGGCCUCCGACGAUGGCAGCUUUUCACAGUUGGGAAAGCUGCUUCAAUACUUCUUGCAGCCCUCGACAUCAACAUCUGUCUACCUUGCGCUGACGUUUUUCUCGCCGCCAUGGGUCAGCAAGUACCUGACAUUCCCGUUGUACCGCGCGGCUGCGGGGACGUCAGCUGCUAUGGAGCGAUUGUGUCUGCAGAUCAUCCAAAAGAAGCGACUUACUCUCAAAGCCGACUCUAAAGACGCUGAUCUCACAUCUCUGAUGAUACAAUCUGGCCACUUCACAGACUACGAGAUUGCCUCGCAGCUGCUCACGUAUACCAUUGCAGGGCAAGAGACAACUGCUGCCACGAUGAACUGGAUCUGCUAUCUGCUGGCGCUCGAUCCAGCCCGACAACGUCUGUUGAGAGAAGAAGUCAGCGCAGCUACAGAACUCCUGGUUGAUUCGGGCAUCGAGGAGAACAUCGGCAAGACGCUGGAAGGACUUCCGUUUCUCAAUGGUGUCAUCAACGAGGCGCUGCGCCUUUACCCGACAGUCCCGUUAUCUCAGCGAGUCGCCGUUCGAGAUACCGCCCUCGCUGGAUCUCAUGUUCCGAAGGGAACAUCGAUCUAUCUUUCGCCGUGGUUGAUUCAAAGGUCUGAGGAAGUUUGGGGUCCCGAAGCCAAUGAAUUCCGUCCGGAGCGAUGGAUUCGCACCGAGGACGGCGAGUCGAAGGUGGACCCAAGUGGUGGCAUGAGCAGCAACAUGGACUUCUUGACGUUUCUGCACGGUCCACGAAACUGCAUCGGACAGAAUUUCGCAAAGGCGGAGCUGAGAUGUCUGACGACGGCGCUGACGAAACACUUCGAGUGGGCUCUCGAUCAGCCAAGGGCCAGUGUACCCGUGUCGGGCCUCGUCACCAUCAACCCCGAAGGCGGCUUGUCUCUGCGCGUGACCACGGUCGAAGGCACCUGCAAAUGA